CUCCUGCGGAACUGUCAACUGUCAGUUGAUUAAAUUUUCAUAAAUAAAUUCAAUAAUUAAUGUGAAAAGAAACGAUAAAAUUCAUUGAUUUAUUAGUAAACUUUAAAAACAGUGAAAAUCGAUACAUAUCACAAAUUUAAUUUUCUUUUUAUGGAAAAUUAUUAAUUAAAUAUCAAUUCUAACCUAUAAAUCAAGUGUUAGGUCUAUACCGCUAAGGUUUUUUUUCGUGCAAUAAAUAAAUAUAUAAAAAAUAAUAUUAAUUGUAAUUUAUACUCGUUUUACAUCGGAAUAUAAAUAAUGUUUACGAGUUAUCGACUGAUAUGAAAGACUUAUGACAGAUUAAAUAAAAAUGGCUGAGAAUGGAUCGGUGGACAUUGGAUCUCUUGAAAAUCUUACAGCAGAAGCAAUUAAUUUGGAAAUUGAAGAGCUCGACGAUGCGGAAUAUGCAAUACCAAUUGUGGAGGAAUUACCCUCCUUAGAAAGUAUUUUAACAGAGCCGGAUUGUGCUUCACUUUCGGGAACAGAUGACGAUAUUGGUGCAGCAUCUAUUGAUAAAUUAGGUGGAAGUGAAACAGCCAGUGUCGGUAGUCUUUUAUCAUUAAAUUCGCUGAGUAAACAAAGAACAACACAAACACCGGCUUCGGGAGCAAUAUUGAGACAUGUGAUUCUAAAAGGGAUUUGUGCUCAAAUUACAUCUGCUUCUGAAAAAAUAAAUGCAGGAUUGGCGAGUGCAGUGGCAGCUGGGGGAAAUAUGUUAGUUAUUGGAACUAGUCAUGGUCUUGUUUUGGGUUUUGAUUCAACUCAAACGUUAAGAUGGUGUGAUCAAGAAGCAAGACAUCAGGGAUCAGUUUCUGCAUUGGGAUUUAAUCAUGAUGGAAGUCGAUUGUUAGCUGGUUUUGCUAGGGGAUAUAUUCUCAUGAUUGAUAGUAGUAAUGGCAAAGUUUUGCGAACAUUGACUGAUGUUCAUCCACCGGGAACAGCUGUUUUGCAUGUUAAAUUUACAGAUUCUCCAAAAUUGGCACUUUGCAGUGACAGUGGUGGUUCGGUUUUUGAAUUAAAUUUCACAAGAGUCAUGGGUGUUCGUGGAUGUGACAGUAAACUUUUAUUUAGCGGAGCACGAGGAGAAGUUUGUACAUUCGAACCUUUACUUCUUAAUGAUUUGCCAACGCAUCCAUUGAAAAAUUAUACACUCGUUGCAAUGGCAACUUUAUCAAAGGUCAUAGUCGUUUGCAUAAGGCCAAGAAUGAGAAUUGUCCUUUGUCAAGCAUUAACAGGUCCUGCUUUUGCGCCACCACAAGUUUCUUGGCAAUUAGUCGUCAUUCAAGCGGCAAAUGCAACUCGAGUUAUCGACCCAGUCCUGGCUCUUGGUCGAGACUCGGUUGUUCAUUUUUAUCAGGUUUGUACAGAAUGCGAAAUGAAUUCGUACAGAAUAAAAUUAACUCCACUUCGUAAAGUAGUACUUCCAUAUACAAUGAGUAAUCUUCGAUGGCUCAAUGCAAGAUCUCUGAUAAUAUUAGACAUUCAAGAAAGACUGCAUUUAUUGGACGUGAGAACGCAGGAUGAUUUAGAAACUUUAGAUGUCAGUUGCGUUGGUAUUUCGUACGCUUCGAGUCAUUUUAAAGGCUUGACAACCGGAGGAAAUGUCUCCAAGGCAAUGUCAAUGGCUGGUGAACGAGCAUGUUACAAUACAGUCGUCACAUUUGGAAGUCAACUUCUUCUUUUAGGAACAAAAAGUCUUCACGCUGUUUGUAUAAGAACUUGGAUGGAAAGAUUGCGUCAUUUAACGUUACAGCGGCGUUUUCAAGAGGCAUUGGCAUUGGGACUUACAUUUUAUCAAGAUAAAGGAAAAGCCGUGGUUGGUUUACGUGGCUCGAAGCAACGUCGAAAGCAAAUAGCUAGAGAUAAAGUUUGUCAGGUUCUUAUUCAAUAUAUGGACGAAUUAAAUAAUUUAUCGGCUAGUGAUGCCACUGGAACGGAAAUAGUUUCCUAUUGUGUUGAUUAUUGUGUUCAACUUGAGAAUACAGAAUUACUCUUUGGACGAUUGUGGGAUCUUGUUUCUGAAUCGGAAAAUUUACAAGCAACUUAUCUUUGUUGUUUGGAAUCGCCUCUGCUUGAAGGCAGUAUGCCACCGUCUCUACCACCUAUUAUUGCACAAAAUUUUGUCACAUUAUAUGAACAGGAGAAUCGUUUAACUUCUCUACAGGCCGUUGUUAUUUUACUCAAAGUCGAUUGUCUCGAUAUACAUCAAGUGACAACAGUUUGUCGUAAUAAAGGAUUGUGGGAAGCAUUGAUACAUUUACAAAAAACGGCUCUUGGUGAUUUUACAGCUCCAAUUCAUCAACUCGUGCCCGUUUUACAAAAUAAACUAGCCGAUGAAAAAGAAGUACAAUCCUAUGAAUGUAUCACACUUGGAAAUGCACUUUUAGUUUAUUGCAGUUGUUGUCUAGCGGGACGUGAUUUUCCAAAAGGUGAAUUACCCGAGGGUUUACCAAAACGUGUGAAAGCCGAUGUUUUGCGUGCAUUACUUUCGCAACAUUCGAGUCUUGCAACUGAUACUGAACGACAAUAUCCUUAUUUACGUACAUUUUUGAAAUUUGACGUUAAAGGAUUUCUCGACGUUAUUGCAAUGGCUUUUCAAGAGCCUGAAUUUACCACUGAAAUGGGACUACGACAAAGACAGAGAAUUGUUGAUAUUUUAUUGACAAUUGUAAUGCCAAGUACACCACUUAGUUCGAAUAAUCCUGAUUAUUUAGUAUAUGGACAAAGAGUUAUUGUUUUUAUUUUUAUUAUUAAUGAAGUUGCUGAGAAUAUGGUGAGUUUGGAGGGAAAUGUUUUAAAUAGAAUUGUUGAAAUUCUCGCCGCUGGCUCGGAACAAACUUGUUUAAGGGAUUUUAUAGAGGAGAAGGAAAAUGCUAUUCUUCAACUUAUAGAUUCCAGAAAAUUGACAAAUAUGUCGGAUACUACUUUAUUGAAUUUGUCACAGAGAGCAAAUUUUUUACGUGUUUCUGAAUUACUUUACACUGAUCGAGAAGAAUGGUCAUCGGUAAUACGAUGUUUAAUAGCAGAUCCGUCCCGACAUGGUGAAAUUUGGUCUCGUUUACAAUUACUGCCAAUAACAUCACUUUAUAGUGUUUUAAUAACACACAUCAUAUCACUUGUUGAAAUUGAUGCAAGCCAAUUGGCCAAUAUAAUAGCGAGUCGUGUUGCAACUAAAUUAAAUAAAAUUCUCGAAAAACUUGAGGACAAUUCAGUUUUACAGUAUUCACUUUUGUCAGCACUAUUUCAAUUAAUGCAAUUUAAAGAAGAGGAAAGUAAAUUGGAAUUGUCCACUGAAAUUUUAGAAAAAUAUUUAACUUUAAUGUGUCAAGUUGAACCAGAAUAUGUCGCUAGUCAUCUACAUGGAUCUCACGGUUGUCGUUUGGAUGAGGCCCUAAAAAUAGUACAAAAUACAAAUCAUAAAGAUGGAGAAGCUAUAAUGUUGGAGAAACUUGGAAACUAUGAGGAGGCUUUCAAUUUACUCUUGAAAAGACUGGAAGAAAAUUUAUCACUGUGUUGUCAAACAAACGUUUCGGAUGUUAACGCUGUUCAAAUAACAACACAAUUGGCUGCCUUGUGCCGAAGAGCGGCUGGUACUCUCGAUUGGAUGCCACUUGUUGAGACUGUACUUCAUCCACAUUCCGAUAAUAAUAUUCAUAAAGCUGAAAAAUUAAGAGGAAAACUGUUAAAAAUUGUAUUGGAAUCUUUAAGCGGUACCACAGCUCUGUCAAUGGUUUUGGAGCAAAUUUUAAAACAUCCACUAGCCACUAGUGGAACAAUCGGUGAUAUUAGACAAUUGCUUACUAGUGUUUUGACGCAUUCGAGAUACGAGCAAACAUUAGUGGAAACCACAUCGAGGCUUGUCAGUUUGGAAAUACAUGAAGCUCUUAAACGAACUUUGAGGGACAGUGGAAAAGGUUGCUCAAGUAAUUCGCUGACUUGUCCAAUAUGUAGACAAAAAUUUGCUAAUUGUACAGAAUAUAUAGUGAUUUUUGGAUGCGGUCAUGGAUAUCACGUUGAAUGCUUAUCAGAAUCGAAAGUCUGCUAUAAAUGUUUAAAUACAAAAGGCUGGACCAAUAAACCAGUAAAUUUUACAAUACCACCUCAUCGACCACCGGAAAAACGUCAAUUACAACCACCAACAUUUAUGCGCAACAAGGAUACAUCCUUGAGAUUAGCGCCACCAAUUCCAUGGCCAGAUUUGGAAGGCAUUUUUUAAUCUAGUCCCGCAAUAAAAAAAAGAACUGUUAUUAUUCAUUGAUAAAAGCGAAGAUAACGCAUAUUAUAAUUAAGAAUUUCGAAAAGCUUCUGUAUUUUUCAUACAUUGAAAGCUGUAUAGUUUAGAAAAUAUUUAUUUCCAAUGUUCAUCAGAAUAUAUAUUAUAUAUAUAUAUAUAGUAAAAUAUUUUACCAAGACAGGAGUAAAUAUUACGAAAGAAUAUUUAAAAAAAAAAAUAUUUUCCUCUGCCUUUCAGAAUUUUAUCAAUAUAGAGAUAUUUAUCAAUGGAACUAUAAAAUUGAUCUACAAUCAAUAAUUAUAUACAAUAGAUAUAUAUUGUCCUAUAUAUAGUUAUUCUUUACUCUUAAAUUAACAGAAAAAAAGAAAGAAAAAUCUAUAUAUAUAUAUAAACUGUUCUCUGUUUUUCGAAAUAUUAAUUUCCUUCUGUUUGCUUUUCAAUACUCUUAAAUCAUGUAUUUAUAAAACAUUGUAAAUUAUUACAUAUAAAUAUGUAUAUUUUUUAAAAAUUUUAA